AUGGAUUACCUUGAAAGUAUGUAUAGCAUGUUCCACAAAGUUGCAGCUAAAGAGAAGAUUGUCGGUUGGUAUCACACUGGGCCGAAAUUGCACAAGAAUGACAUCGCAAUCAAUGAGCAGAUGAAGCGUUUCACUCCACAUCCAGUCCUCGUAAUUAUCGAGGCUGAGCCAAAGGAUAUUGGUCUUCCAACAGAGGCUUAUAUCGAAGUGCAAGAAGUCCAUGAUGAUGGAACCCCUCCUAUUAAGACGUUUGAGCACGUAGCGAGUGAAAUAGGAGCUGAAGAGGCCGAAGAAGUGGGAGUGGAACAUUUGUUAAGAGACAUCAAAGACCAAACCGCAGGAACGUUGUCCCAACGGAUAACAGAUCAACUGAUGGGACUCCGAGGACUACACUCACAACUGGUUGAUAUAGAAAAGUAUUUGCAAGAUGUUGCAGCACAUCGCCUUCCUAUCAACCAUCCCGUAAUCUAUCACAUUCAGGAAGUACUGAACCUGUUACCGGAUGUCACUCACCCUGACUAUGUCACUGCUCAAAACGUACAGACGAACGACCAAUUGAUGUGUGUCUAUAUGGGCUCAUUAGUGCGAUCCGUGAUUGCGUUGCACAACCUCAUUGAUAAUAAGGUA